AUGGGUUUAUGCACAAUAUGGUUCAUAAUCACUGUAUGCUUGACGGUGUUCGGAUGCACACCUAUCAAAGCAGCAUAUAAUCUAUCCCUUAGACUCGAACCCACCACACAUUGCAUUCCAUACGGAGAGAUAGUUCUCGGCUUCGAGCUACCCAAUGCAAUCUUGGAUGUUGUUAUUCUUGCCUUGCCUUUUUUCGUCAUUAGAGACCUCCAUGUCCCUGUACGGAAGAAGGUGCUCUUGUUCUUGGUUUUUUGGUUUGGUGGGUUCGUUAUUGUGACAUGCAUACUACGCAUAGCAUACUCAUAUCAGCCUCAUGAUCCAGAGCAUUUUUCUGGAUUCUCGACUGCGAAUGAGUGGUUGAUGAUUGAGGAAGGGAGCGCUAUUUUAGGAGCCUGUGUUCCGACAUUUCGACCCAUACUCAAAGCGUAUUUUAAACUUCCAAAAUCUGUCAGCGACUGGUUCUCUUCAACGCUGGGUGCCUCAACGUCAGCGAGCAAAUUCUCCAAAAAUCAUUCGCAAAUCAAAACUCAACCAAGUCAAUUCAACGAUCGACCUGGACCUUCUUAUCAGUUGAAAAAGCUAUCAACAGCCCAUCUUCAGCGUGGGAGAGAAUGGCAGAAUCAGGACCUCGACACAGAUUCGGAUGAAAGUCCACUGGUUGACAAUAGGAUUUGGGUCACAAGGCAGAUUACAACUACCAAAUAG